AUCGCAGAUUUUUGAUAUUGCAAGUUGAGCAUCACUAAAACCAAGUUUUUGAACCACUUAAUUACAUUUAUUUAACCAGGCUGAUUAAGGGUAUAAGUCCUGUGAUGUUUGGAUGAAUCUGAACAGUUAGGGUAUCUAAAAUGUGUUUAUAGUCCAUAUAUCCCUAACAAUAAUAUGAAGUACUUGCGAAUAUACACAAUGCACUCAACACUAUAGAAGCUGUUUUAAACUGUGCAAUAAAUAUACUUAAUUUUCAAGAAAAGCAGGGUCAGUAGGCUUUCUGCAUUUUCCCAAAUCCCUUGAGACUAGUGGGCGUGGAACAGCACAGGUGAGAAGUGGAGAAAAUCUCACAAACAGGAAGCAGGGAAAAGUAGGUCGACUUUUUCAGUCUUUUUGAAAAGGCACGACCUCAUUGUUUACAGAGUCCAAAGGCAGAGGAAAAUGCCAGAGAAGGGAAGACACCACCAGAGGAAUGAUGCCUAUUCAGAUUACCAGGACAGAGACAGGGACAGGGACAGGGACAGGGACAGGGACAGGGACCAUCCUCGCAAUAAUGAAGACUACCACUCUUCAUAUAACAGCAGCGGUCACAAUCAAAAUCCAAGAGCAGCAGAAGAGAGAGGCUCUGCUGGUGACAGGAGGGCCAAACAAAACAGACAGAGGGAUAUGGCAAGUGCCUCACACAAGGAGCCACCUGUUUACAGAGACCAUGACCAUGAAGGACCCUCAAGACUGUCCAGAGAGACGUCUUUUUAUCAUUCUGAAGGAGAGUAUUAUAAGCAACACCACAAACCAGCUCUUUACAACCUACGAUAUAUUUUAACAUCCAGAGGUCUCUGCCAGCUUAUGGAGCUGUUUUUGAAUCUCCUUCUUGUCAUCUGUGCUGGAGUGCCGUACAGCAACAACGGGGGUUACAGAGACCUGGCCAGCCUGGGUGGAGUCUACUAUUAUCACUUUGGUGGAGCCAAUGCCUUCACUGGAGCCGACGCAGACCGGGUGAAGGAGCUGGAUCGGCUGUUCCAUCAGCUCAAACGCCCUCCAUACGUGUUCACCAUGGCCUGUGGAGGGCUUUUGAUGGUUUACGCUUGUGUCAUGCUUGCCCUGGGAGUUUUCAGAGUGCCCUACCGUUGGCCCCCCGUGCUGCUGGGAGAGGCUCUGAUUAACUUCCUGAUUGGCCUAGGCUAUAUCCCCGCGCUGGCCUUCUACUUUAUUAAGCUGCAGGAAACCUACGACAGUCCAAUCUGUAAGGAGAGAGAGCAGAUGUACAAGAGCAAAGGGCACAAGGGCUUUGAGUGUCAGUACCACGGUGCAGAUAUCGCAGGAGGUCUGUUUGGGGUGGUAGGGGUGGCUGUGUUCAUCUUUGGGGCGGUGUUAGCUGUGAAAGCUUUCAGGUCAGUGCGUGAGCUAAAGAAGCAAAGGAUAAACGAGGACAAUAACCUUUGACACAGAUUAUCUCUACCAUAUAUUUGAACAAAGGUCAGAUUGAGCAAAAAUCCCGGUGAUAAGAAGACUUUGAAGUUAUUCUCUUAUCACAUGAGGUGUGUUCCUUGUUGAAUUUAUUUUAAAAGUGAUAUUUUUGUAUCUUUUUCUAAUCUCUGAAGACAUUUUUAAUACGAUUUUAUAUAUUGUUUUAUUUUAAUCAACACCACUUCUCAGUUUACACUUUGUUACAUUUUUCUACACAUGUGAAACUACAAUAAACCUCUCAAAUGAUAAAUAUAA